AAGAGGAGGGAGAGGGAGAGGGCGAGGGCUGGGUCCCCCCGCGGAGUCGGGGCGCCGGGCCGGCUGUCCGCGCGGCGUCAGGUGCGCCCUCCAGGUGCGCGCGCUGCUGGGCUCGCGCGGUCCUCGGUGGGCUGGGCCGGGCGGCGGUGAGGAGGGGAGACAUGACAACUGAACUCUGAAUCCAGGAAAUAAAAAUUUGAAAAGGGAUUUUGUUGUCUGGAUUUUUGACAAAACUUAAAACUUCAGCCUGAGUCUGGGUUAAUUGAGAAUUUUCAAGAACUACCACUGAGCCUGGAAUUUUUGGCAGAGUCUUGAAUGAGUUAGACCUAGCUGUAGAAGAGAGAAGAUUCCUGUAAGAUUGGCUCUUGGGAGCUACGGGGCAUUGCUCAUCCUGAAGAUCAGGUGACCACCGACAUCAGCCAUGUCAUCCAGGCCUUUUGAAAGUCCACCUCCUUAUAGACCUGAUGAAUUCAAACCCAAUCAUUAUGCACCAAGCAAUGACGUAUCUGCUGGGGAGAUGCACGUUCGACCGAUGCUCUCUCAGCCAGCGUAUUCUUUCUACCCGGAAGAUGAAAUUCUCCACUUCUACAGAUGGACCUCUCCUCCAGGAGUGAUUCGGAUUCUGUCUAUGCUUGUUAUCGUGAUGUGCAUUGCCAUUUUUGCCUGUGUUGCCUCCACUCUUGCCUGGGACAGAGGCUAUGGAACUUUGCUAGGAGGUGGGAUUGGCUACCCUUACGGAGGAAGUAGCUUUGGUGGCUACGGAAGUAGCUUUGGCUACGGCUACGGCUACGGUUAUGGCUAUGGAGGAGGCUACACAGACCCAAGAGCGGCAAAGGGAUUCCUACUGGCCAUGGCUGCCUUUUGUUUCAUUGCUGCGCUGGUGAUUUUCGUUACCAGCGUUAUAAGAUCUGAAAUAUCUAGAACAAGAAGAUACUAUUUGAUUGUGAUAAUAGUGAGUGCUGUCCUGAGUGUUAUGGUGUUUAUUGCCACAAUUGUCUACAUCAUGGGAGUCAACCCAACUGCCCAGUCAUCUGGGUCUCUCUACAGUUCACAGAUAUAUGCCCUCUGCAACCAGUUUUAUACACCUGCAGCUACUGGACUCUAUGUGGAUCAAUAUUUAUAUCACUACUGUGUGGUGGAUCCCCAGGAGGCCCUUGCCAUUGUACUGGGGUUCAUGGUUAUUGUGGCUUUCGCUUUACUAAUUUUCUUUGCCGUGAGAACGCGAAGGAAGAUGGGCCGGUGUGACAAGUCGAAUAUUUUGUGGGACAAGGAACGUGUUUAUGAUGAGCAGCCCCCCGAUGUCGAAGAGUGGGUUAAAAACGUUUCUGCAGGCACGCAAGACAUGCCUCCUCCCCUUACUGACUACGUGGAGAGAGUGGACAGCCCCGUGGCCUACUCCUCCAAUGGUAAAGUGAAUGAGAAGCGGCCUUAUCCAGAGUCUUCCUAUAAAUCUACACCGAUGCCUGAAGUGGCUCAGGAGCUGCCAGUGACUUCACCUGUGGAGGACUUCCGGCAGCCUUAUUACAGCAGCAGUGGUAACUUGGAGACCCUUUCAAAAAGGGCUCCCUCGAAGGGCAGAGCAGGAAAGUCAAGGAGAUCAGAGCAAGACCACUAUGAAACAGACUACACGACGGGCGGCGAGUCCUGCGAUGAGCUGGAGGACGACUGGAUCAGGGAAUAUCCACCUAUCACUUCAGAUCACCAAAGACAGCUCUACAAGAGAAGUUUUGACACUGGCCUGCAGGAAUACAAGAGCUUACAAGCAGAGCUUGAUGAGAUCAAUAAAGAACUCUCUCGUCUGGAUAAAGAGCUGGAUGACUAUAGAGAAGAGAGUGAAGAGUACAUGGCUGCUGCUGAUGAAUACAAUAGACUGAAACAAGUGAAGGGGUCUGUGGAUUACAAAAGCAAGAGGGAUUAUUGCAAGCAGUUGAAGAGCAAAUUGUCACACAUUAAGAAGAUGGUUGGAGAUUAUGAUCGACAGAAAACAUAGACGGCAGAUGACACGUCCUUAGAGAGGUUAAGAAGUAUCUCACUGACAUCUCUGCAAUGUUGUCAGGAGUCCGAGUGACUUUGGACUCUUAACCUGGGAGGCCAAAUCUUUGUGAUCAUUACAGAGUUUUUGGUAGCUUUAAUAACAUCAGUAUUGAAGCAUUUUAUAAAUAGCUUUUGAUAAUCAACUGGGCUGAACACUCCGAGUAAGGAUUUUAUGCUUUAAACAUGGGUUCUUGUAUUAAGAACUAUUGUUUGAAAUUUUUAAACCUGUAAGGAAGGUCCUGGAGUGGACUGUGCUGUGAACUUUCACACCCUAGGCAAUCAGGUCUUAAUACCUAACUGUGCUCAUUGGGUCUUGUAGGGGAUAAUUUAAUCCUCCCAGAGUUCUCCCUUCAGAUAACUGUUACUGAUAAUCAUUUAUUUUCAGAUAAGGAAACUGGGCCCCUGCAGUCAAGUCUCUGAAGUGAAGCUACUUGUUGCCUAGCUUGCAGUUUUGGUUAAGUCUGUUUUAUGACUCCAUUGAUAAAGUUCCUGUCCUUUUCCUAUUUUAGCUACUAUGGAUACUCGGGUCCUACCAGCCUCCCUAUUGAUUUUUUUCUGUGAAUAAAUGCUUAAGAGCUCUUUAUUUCAUGUUAUCCUGGUAAUAAAUAUCAUGUAAAAGUAACAAAUGUGUGAAAUUUGAAGAUUGUAAAUAUAUGUUUACUUUUUAAAAAUCAGAGUUUUAACCUGCUGGUUAGAAUUUUGUUGUGUAUUUUUAAAUCCUUUUUCUCUUUUAUGGUUUACAGACUUUUUCUUAAACCAACUAGGCUUUUCCAUUAUAUCAAAGUAUCCAAUUACAUUUAUCAUUCAAUUGUGACUUGAAUUGUAUCUUAUGGGAAUGUUCAAGUUUUGUACAUAUUUUAUAAUUAUUAAACCUGGUGUUUUCUUUCCAUAAUAUAUACCUUUUUGACAUCAUCAGUGCUGUUAAUAUUAAGCUAUGGAAAACUGCACUCAGAAGUUGUAUCUGUUAUUGUUUUAAACUGUUUUGGGUGCUGUGCUGGUUGGCAGUUUCCUAAGUCCUUUGCCUAACAGAAGGCUGAUUUGUCUGGAAGUGGACGCCAGUAUCAUAAAACACCAAAUUACUUCAAAUGGUGCCCUUAAAUCUCAGCAUUUUUUUUUUAAUUCAAAUCUUUCCUGGUAAAGUAAAAUGAGCUGAUAAUACUGGAUAUGUAGCUACCCUAGUCGAUUGUGGUUAUCCCCUUAGUUUAGAACUCUCAUUUAAGUAUAUUGUUUUUGAUAUAUAAGCCUGAAUAAUUUUCCAAAGAUAAACUUUUUUUUUUUGGCGCACGGGCUUAGUUGCUCUGUGGCAUGUGGGAUCUUCCUGUAGCGGGGAUCAAACCCGUAUCCUCUGCAUUGGCAGGCGGAUUCUCAACCACUGCGCCACCUAGGAAGCCUCUCCAAAGAUACACUUUUAAAUAAGGUUUCCAUUAUAACACUGAUUCGUUUCUUCAAGUUGAAGAAAUUCUUAAUUCUCUAUGUGCUGCACAUACUUACUACAGAAAGUAAUAAAUAGUUUGUUUUUCAUGCCUUUUGGAUUCAUACCAAAUGGUAAGGACUCUGUUGAGCAACUUCAUUGAUUUUUACACAUGUUAAAAUUUAAACUCUGUUCUUGGAAGUCAGCAUACUUAGUUUAUGAAGGCAAGUUUGCCAGUGUUGUGACAAAAUAAAACCAUUCGGCUGAAUGCAGAGAAUCAAAUAGCAUGAGUUUGCGUUGUAAAAUUGUGCCAUAAAAUUGGACUUUGAAAGUUAAAAAAGUCAUUUUUCAGAUGUGGUCUUUACACUAACGACCACUUCAGGGGCCAGGAUCACAGUGUUUGGGGGUGGGGGUUGGCAUUUUUCUUUCUUCCUUUUUUUUUUUGGCCAUGCCACACGGCUGAAUCACAGAGUCCUAACCACUGGACCACCAGGGAAUCCCCCUGAGGGGUUGGCAUUAACCAGAGGGACGUAACUUUGAAAAACAACUCAGGCAAUUUUCUAGUCUGGAAAAGAGCGGUUUGGAUUAGAUUUCAGAGGUCUCUUCCAUCUCUGACCUUCUGUAGUUAUGUUUGCAUUCUGCUUUCUGCUGUAAACCAUUGUUCCAAAGAUUUUGUUAAAAAAGCAUGUGGUUCAUCUGAUGAAGGUUCACAGCAUAAAGUGAUUCCCUUACACGUGUGAUGCUGGACUACAAGUAGAUAAGAUCAAUAUUUUAAUUUCUCUUUAUUUUGAAAAAUUUAAAGCAAUACAGAAAACUAUGAACAUGUAAACCCACCACCUGGAAAUAACAGGUGUUAAUAUUUUGUCAUAUAUGCUUUGUAUUUUUUGGAAUAAAUUUAAAUCUGUAAGUA